AUGGAUUUCUUUAAUGACUCUAAUUUGGAGGAGGGUUUUCAGACAGUGGGCAUCUCCUUUAAUUCUACAUCUCGGAGCCAAUACACACAGCUGUCUGUCUGGGGUUUGGCUGGACUUGUGGGCUUUCUGAUUUUAUUUACUAUCGUGGGAAACGUUUUGGUUGUUAUUGCUGUUUUAACGAGCAGAGCCUUGAAACCACCUCAGAACCUUUUUCUGGUUUCCCUGGCCAGUGCAGACAUACUCGUCGCCACCCUGGUCAUGCCCUUUUCUCUUGCUAAUGAAGUUAUGGGCUACUGGUUUUUUGGUAAAAUCUGGUGUGACAUCUACCUGGCUCUUGACGUGCUAUUCUGCACUUCCUCUAUUGUUCACUUGUGUGCCAUCAGCUUGGACAGGUACUGGUCGGUGACACAGGCUGUUGAGUACAACUUAAAGAGAACCCCCAAAAGACUGAAAGGUAUGAUCGUGGUGGUGUGGUUGAUUUCUGCUGUCAUCUCAUUCCCACCGCUGAUCUCAAUGGACAGGAGCAACAGCGAGUCGAACCCUCAGUGUUUCAUAAACGAUGACACCUGGUACAUCCUUUACUCCAGUAUUGGCUCCUUCUUUGCCCCGUGUAUCAUCAUGAUUCUUGUCUAUAUUCGGAUCUACCAAGUUGCAAAGACCAGGACCAGGACAAUGUCGGAAAAGAAGAGGGAUGUGGACUCACCGCUCGAAAAUGGGAUCGGCCAAGACGAUCCGAUCAGAGAGGGAUCGGUAAAGUCUAACAAGGACUGCAGCGUGAAAGAGAAGGAGUGCGAGAAUGGACGCUGCCAACAGUCAGCCAUUCGAUCUCAUUUACCCUUUGCGGCAAAGCGUCCGCCAGCAGACCGCGAGGAUGAUUUUGAGGACAGCAGCUCCUCCGAUGACAAACCUAAAAAGGGUUUCGGUUUCUCCAAACAUCAGCAUGAUUCCAAAGAUAGAAAGUUCAGCCGGAAAAGCAGCUCAGCCUCCAAUUACUCAAGCAGGAAGUCCCGCUCCAGUUCCAGGUCUAUGGAGCUCUUCUCAUCUCGCCGCAAACGCAGAAGCACCGUCAAUCGGAGGAAAGUUUCUGCUGCUCGGGAGAAGCGUUUCACCUUCGUCCUUGCUGUCGUCAUGGGUGUUUUUGUUGUUUGCUGGUUUCCCUUUUUUUUCUCCUACAGCUUGUAUGGACUGUGCCGAGAGCCGUGCAAAAUCCCUGAUACUUUGUUCAAGUUUUUCUUCUGGAUCGGCUACUGCAACAGCUCGCUCAAUCCGGUCAUCUACACCAUCUUCAAUCAAGACUUCCGCAGAGCCUUCCAGAAGAUCCUCUGCAAGUCAUGGAAACGCUCUCGCUAA